GUCGUUCGCGUUCUCUCUCUCUCUCCCUCAAAUUUUCAUGGUCACAGAGAAACAGAAACCACGAGUGAUAAGGAAAGGAAUAUAUACAUGGAGGAGAAAUGAGGGUUGGUACUCUUGUCAUGGAAACAUUAGCAGAGAGGGCAGCAUUCAUGAGGGAAUCUCUGCAGAAGAGUCAGAGCAUCACCGAAAACAUGGUUGCCAUUCUUGGCUCCUUCGACCACCGCCUCUCCGCCCUUGAAACCGCCAUGCGCCCCACUCAGAUAAGGACGCAUUCAAUGCGGAGGGCGCAUGAGAACAUUGAUAAGACACUGAAGGCUGCUGAGGUCUUUUUGGGCCAAUUUGAUCUUUCACGCCAGGCGGAGGCUAAGAUUUUGAGAGGGCCACAUGAGGAUUUAGAAAGUUACCUAGAAGCAGUUGAUCAGCUGCGGAGCAUUGUACAUUUUUUUAGCGGAAACAAGAGCCUACAAAGUAGUAUUGGGGUGCUUAACCAUGCUAACAACUUGCUUUCGAAGGCUAUACUAAAAUUAGAAGAGGAGUUCCGACAACUCCUAACAUCAUACAGCAAACCUGUGGAACCUGAUCGUCUUUUUGAUUGCCUACCGAAUUGUCUGCGGCCAUCGUCAGGAUCGCCUGGCCAAGGUGAUGCUAAUGGAAAGAAACUAUCUUCAACGAAUCACAAACUAGAAGCUGCUAUUUUCACAGUUCCAACCCUAAUUCCUCCCAGAAUUCUGCCAUUGCUACACGAUUUAGCCCAACAAAUGGUUCAUGCUGGCCACCAACAGCAGCUCUUCACUAUUUACAGGGAAACCCGUGCAGCGGUUUUGGAACAAAGCCUCCGGAAACUAGGUGUAGAAAAACUUGGUAAAGAAGAUGUCCAAAGAAUGCAAUGGGAGGUUUUAGAGGCUAAAAUUGGAAAUUGGAUUCAUUUCAUGCGUAUUUCUGUCAAACUGCUUUUUGCCGGGGAAAAGAAAGUCUGUGAUCAAAUCUUCGAAGGUGUCGAUUCACUCAAAGAGCAAUGUUUUGCAGACGUUACAGCGACCAGUGUUGCUGUUCUCCUUAGUUUUGGAGAGGCUAUUGCCAAAAGCAAGAGGUCGCCUGAAAAGUUAUUCGUUCUUCUAGAUAUGUAUGAGUUAAUGAGAGAGCUUCAGCCAGAGAUGGAAACAAAUUUUCAAGGUAAAUAUUGCAUGGAAAUGCGAGAAUCUGCCGUAGUUUUGACAAAGCGUCUAGCCCAAACAGCCCAAGAAACGUUCGGAGAUUUUGAGGAAGCAGUAGAAAAAGAUGCUACAAAAACAGCUGUUCUAGAUGGAACUGUCCAUCCUCUCACUAGCUAUGUGAUAAACUAUGUGAAGUUUCUUUUUGACUAUCAAUCAACACUUAAGCUACUUUUCCAAGAAUUUGAUGAAGGUGAUGCGGAUGCCCGGUUGACAGCUGUAACAACCAGAAUAAUGCAGGCUCUUCAGAGUAACCUCGAUGGGAAAUCUAAGCAGUAUAAAGAUCCUGCCCUGACUCAGUUGUUUCUUAUGAACAACAUUCACUAUAUUGUUCGAUCUGUGCGGAGGUCAGAAGCAAAGGAUUUGUUAGGUGAUGACUGGGUACAAAUACACCGAAGGAUUGUUCAGCAGCAUGCAAAUCAGUACAAGAGGAUUUCAUGGUCUAAGAUUCUGCAGUGUCUCACUGUUCAGGGUCUUUCUUCGUCAAGCGGAGGACAAUUAGGAAGUGAUAGCGGCAGCAAUAGUGGACUUUCAAGGGCAAUGGUGAAAGAAAGGUUCAAGACCUUCAACAUUCAGUUCGAGGAGCUUCAUCAAAGGCAAUCGCAAUGGUCAGUUCCAGACAGUGAGCUGCGCGAAUCGCUCAGGCUGGCUGUUGCUGAAGUCCUUUUGCCUGCCUUUCGAUCUUUCAUUAGACGUUUUGGGCCUAUGAUUGAGAAUGGUAAAAAUCCCCAGAAGUACAUCAGAUUUAGUCCGGAGGAUCUUGAACGGAUGCUGGCCGAAUUUUUUGAAGGAAAGACUUGGAGUGAACAAAAGCGAUGAUUUUCUGCUGACUAACAAGAAUAAUACAAGUUCAAUGCUUGUCGAUGAGUCAUCCAUUAGUUCCGUAAACAGCAUGAAUUGAUCGAUCUUGUAUACAUCUCACACUGUAAGCUUUGUAUUAACAGGAUUCAUUCUUCCACAGAACCUUAUGUAUGUAUUUCUGUCCAUAUCUGUUGGUAUUAUACUAUUAUGCUUCUAAAUGACUCUUUGCUUAGUUCAGAGCAUUUUGAUUAACAGUUGCGUCGUGCUGUUUCAGAAACAUGUCAUUGGCAAACUUUCUGUACCAUAUUGAGUUCUGAGUUUUGCUUGUACAUGAGAUAUGAACAAUCCAAACCAUUUUUAAA